AUGGACCAGGUACGUCAGUUGAAGUGUAUAAAGAGGGAGGUUUUGCAAGCGGCUCUCCAUUUUGUACCCAAUGUGGUCAUCGAUGAUGCACUUGGAAGUGUUUGUCUCACGGGAGGAGAAUGGACAGAGACAAUAAUCGGAGGAACUGACAAAGGGAUAAAAGAAGACCGAUGGAUAACAAGGUCUAAGGAAGCACUUGUAACUGAGAAUAAUGAU